GUGAUGUCACCGUUGGGUAUAUUACUGGUGAUCGUCGCCGAGGACUCCCUUCUCGACGAAGACUCUGAGAGUAAUCCUGUGAUCAUUGGCACGACAGCCAUAGCCACCGGAACUCUACUUUAUAUCAUAAUCUAUGAAAUACUGCCAAACGAUAAGUUAUCGGGUUUUAAGAGAUUUCUGUCCGUUUUAUGCGGUUUUUCUAUGACCCAAAUCAUCGCCGGACCGACGCUAACAACACUACAGCUGUUAUACAACACAUCACUGGAAGGCAUAUCCGAUGCCAACGAUAUGAUGUACGUGGGUAUGACCAUGGGAACUUUACGCCCGGCAGUCCUUAUCCCGGUAUGGAUCAUAGAGUUAUGGGGCCGGGAGUGUGGCCCGUAUUUGCAGGCUAUGCAGAUUAGCACCGGUGUUGCCGGUAUAUUGGGAACAAUAAUUGAGGAGAUCAUUGCCGAAGACAUCCAGACGUGUAGUAAAGACGACAAGUUAUGCCAACCGACCGGUAAGGGUAGGACAUGUCGUACAUGA